UAUUACUUGCAGAUAAACCAAAUAUUCAUGUGGCCCACUUUUAGCUCAUUUGGUGAUUUUUCACUUUAAAUUUUUAUAACAUGGCAUAGGUUGCUACAGGGUAGGAAUUAUAUACUAUUUCGAAAUUAUUUUUUGGAAGUUACACGUUAAGUUCAUGCUCUUGAAUUAUUUUGCCUAUUCUGCAGCAAGAGGGUUUUUGGACUUACCUUCCUAUUUGUUAAAAAUAAAAGAAAUUUUAGUGCCAUCAAAAUCUUCAAUAGUAUAUCCAUGAAACUAGAACCUAGCAUGGAACAAUCAGCUUUUGGAAGUUCAAGAAAGCCAGAUGAAGCAGAGUUCAAUUUGAGAGAAUGGGCUCUUAAGGCUAAACUUAGCAGAGAAAAAACUAAUUCAAGAAGGUACUCAGCAUCUUAUAUUGGAAGUUUCAGAGAAAAUGCAAAAUCUUUUAGAUCAAAUGUAAUAAUUUCAAGCACUGCUUCUUCUCCUGGCUACACCUUAAGAGAGGAAAUUGAUCCAUCAAAAUAUUCUUUUACCACUGCCCUGAAAGCAUUGCAGGCAAAAACAUUAUAUAGUUGGGAAUACAUGUCACCAGAUGGUUUGGCUCUGAAUUCAAAAUGGAAUGAAGCUGAGAAAUACAUAUGCAAUCCAUUGUCAGGGGAAGUUCCUUUGGAGUGUUUAUCUACAAAAACACUUACUGAGAGAUCAUUUCGCCAGUCAAAUAGCAGAAUUACUGUCUCAGGACCUCUAAUUUAUCCUUCUCAUAUUCAGAGUACAGGACAAUUUCAAACAAAAUACCCUGCAAAGCCUUCUUUCCCUACACAUGAUGUUGAAAACCAAAUCCCAAGCAAAGAGAAGAAAGAUGUUAGCAUAACAAGAGAUAUGGGAACACAAAGCAUUGCAGCUUAUAAUUAUGUCAGUUCUAAUAGUCCAAGUCCAGUUCCAACUCCAUCAAUUGAAGAAAUGUCUAUAAAGCUAAGUGAAGCAGCUGAUUCUUCACCUAUGAGUAUGACUACUCCAUCCAUUAAAGAAGGAUCCAUAAAGCUGAGUGAAGCAGAUGAUCACUCCCCUAUGACUAUUCCACAACUAAAAUCUGAGGAAGAGAAUUAUGUCAGAUAUUUUGGAAUGUCUUAAAACGAAUGAAGUAUCACAGACAAAGGAAACAGUACUAUCUCAAUAAUUCUCAACUUUGGACCAUGGCCUACAACAAGAAUCAUAUGUAGUGGAUGAUGGGGGACAACAGUAACUGAAAGACUAGAUUAUCAAAAUUGUCCGAAUAUCAUCAUAUUGAUAGAUUAUUGCCCUAUAUAUUAUAUUGGUGGGGGACUACAUAUAUUUAAUUGGUCCCUUGGAACAUCUAUCAGCAUAUAUAAUUCACCCAAGCACAUGCAAAUCACUUGCUUUUGUGGCCCAAAUGUUUGUGCUUCUUCUGUGGACAAGUGAGAUUUUAGCUUUUUUCUCUUUUUUGUUCAUAUUUUCUUUAGCUUUAUUUUACUAAGAAUGGUUAACAGGUUUCCAAUACUAAGGGGAAUAGAUAUUCCCUUAUACUCAUGUCUUAAUGAAUAUAAUAAUAUCUGUCAUGUUGUUACGUA